AUGAACUUGCGUUCCAUUGCUCGUCCCUUUGUUUACUGUCGGAUUCAGUCGGGUAGAGAAGCCCUCUUCUGGCACGACAACUGGACGGGACUCGGUCCUUUAAUUAGCCUUUCAGGUGCAAAUGGUCCGCGAGAAUUAGGAGUUCGUAGCUUGGCAACUGUCUCAGAGUCUAUUUCAGAUGGCGCUUGGUCUCUUCCUACAGGACGUCAUCGUAUUAUUCAACUAAUCAAAGCUUGUCUCCCACCUACGCCUCCUGUUCUCUCCACAACAGAUGCAUCCGACAAAUUUCUCUGGAGGAACAGCUUGGAUUCUGAGCCUGGUCAGUUCAGUGCCUCUAAAACUUGGCAGACCCUGAAUCCUGCGCCCCCUCUUGUUCCUUGGCAUCAAUCAAUAUGGUUCAAAGUGAGAAUUCCAAAGCAUGCCUUCCAAGCAUGGGUCACAGUUCUCAACAGACUUCCUACGCGAGAUAGAUUGCGUCAGUGGGGUUCUAACGUCUCAGCGACCUGUCUUCUUUGCAACAACCACGAUGAGGAUCGAGAUCAUUUGUUUUUCAGAUGCUCUUUCUCUCGAGAGGUUUGGGAUGUCUUUUUCAGUCAUGCUAGUUUCAAUCCUCCACAACAAUUCGAGCCUAUCAUCAAUUGGCUCCCGUCAUCUUCUCCCAACCGCAAAUUAAGGACUAUUUGCAAUUUACUGGUCCAAGCUCUUGUCUAUGCUCUCUGGAAGGAAAGGAAUCUGAGGUUGCAUACGUCUAAGUCCAGACCCUCACUUCUUAUAGUCAAGGAAUGUAAGGUUAUUCUCAAAGCCAAGUUAAUUGGUUUGGAUCGUGCGCUUUUGCCUGCUAUUUCUCGUAGGCUCCAACAAUCUUCAUCGGUGAAUGAGUCUUAUUUGCAGUUGUGGUUCCGCUACUUCGAUGCCUAA